AUGGGAGUGGCCACGGGCUUUCAAAGCCCGAUUCAAUUUGCUUCAAACUCAAAACCCACUUUGGACCAGCUCUGGGGCGAGGACUGGCCGUUCAACGGAAUACAGACCUUUGCUCACCUAAACUACACGAAAUGUCUCGUGGACCCGGAAACUAGUUUCGACAUCGGGGUCAUUGGCGUGCCGUUCGACACGGCAACAACGUACCGCAGCGGCGCCCGGUUCGGUCCUCGGGCCAUCAGAACGGGCUCGCAGCGUCAGACCUCAAAAAGAGCAUUCAACACCAGAGCCGGCAUCAACCCUUACCAGGACUGGGCAAAAGUGAUAGACUGUGGUGAUAUCCCGGUGACCCCAAUGGACAACGAGCUUGCUCUGGACCAGAUGACCAAAGCUUUCGAGGAGCUGCUGCUGAAACGGAAAAAUGCCGUGGACGGUUCUGGGCCUCCUAAGCUUGUUGCACUGGGCGGCGACCACUCUAUCCUGCUCCCCCACCUAAGGGCUCUAAACAAGGUGUAUGGAAAAGUCGCCGUCAUCCACUUUGAUGCGCACCUGGACACCUGGUCGCCAUCAAAAUACCCUUCGUUUUGGUCGAGCGAGCAGUCCAAGUUCACUCACGGAUCAAUGUUGUGGAUGGCCAACGAGGAGGAUUUGCUGAGUGACAACUAUAACGUCCAUAUUGGUCUCCGGACAAGAAUCAGUGGCAAGGACUGGGAGGACUAUGAGGACGACGACGACCAGGGCUGGGCCAGGUUCAGUGCAGACGAUAUUUGGAUCAAUGGUCUCGGAGGACUCAAGGAAAUUGUCAGGUCCAUUAACGAGAGAAUUCCAAAAGAUUACCCCACAUAUGUGUCUGUGGACAUUGAUUGUCUGGACCCUGGGUUUGCUCCUGGCACGGGGACGAUCGAGUCCGGCGGACUACUUCCGCGUGAGCUAUUCUAUCUGCUGAGAAACAUUGAUGUCAACAUCGUUGGAGCCGACAUUGUUGAGGUGUCGCCCCAAUACGACCAUGCUGAGAUCACUGCCACAAACGGCGCGGAGGUGGCUUACCAAUUGAUCACUUCCAUUGUAAAGCAGGGCAAAAAAUAG